GUUUUUGUUUUGUUUUGAGAAGAAAAGUUGGGAAAACCAAGAACUCAAGAUUGGAUUAAGGGAUCCUGGUGUGUCUAAGGAAACCUGGUUAAGGAGUUUAAUUCAGGAUGGAUUUGGCAGAACCACAGCAGUUGGGCAUGUUUACAGAAAGUGAACUGAUGUCUGUGGGUAUGGACACAUUUAUCCACCGAAUAGACUCCACUGAGGUCAUCUACCAGCCAAGGCGCAAAAGAGCCAAACUCAUUGGCAAAUACCUGAUGGGGGAUUUGCUGGGAGAAGGAUCUUAUGGGAAAGUGAAGGAGAUGCUGGACUCUGAAACCCUUUGCCGAAGAGCUGUGAAAAUCCUCAAAAAGAAGAAGUUGCGGAGGAUCCCCAAUGGGGAGGCUAAUGUUAAAAAGGAAAUUCAGCUACUGAGGAGGUUACGUCACAAAAACGUCAUACAGCUGGUGGAUGUAUUAUAUAAUGAAGAGAAGCAGAAAAUGUAUAUGGUGAUGGAGUACUGUGUGUGUGGGAUGCAGGAGAUGCUGGACAGCGUUCCAGAGAAAAGAUUUCCAGUCUUUCAGGCUCACGGGUACUUUUGCCAGCUUAUAGAUGGGUUAGAAUAUUUGCAUAGCCAAGGAAUUGUCCAUAAAGAUAUAAAACCAGGGAACCUGCUGCUUACAACCAAUGGGACGCUAAAAAUAUCUGACUUAGGAGUAGCAGAGGCAUUGCAUCCAUUUGCAGAAGAUGAUACAUGCAGAACGAGCCAAGGGUCACCAGCAUUCCAGCCACCAGAAAUAGCCAAUGGCUUAGACACCUUUUCAGGCUUUAAAGUAGACAUUUGGUCAGCUGGGGUCACACUAUACAACAUUACAACAGGUCUUUACCCUUUUGAAGGGGACAAUAUCUAUAAGUUAUUUGAAAACAUCGGGAAAGGAGACUACACAAUUCCAGGGGAUUGUGGUCCUCCACUCUCUGACCUGCUAAAAGGCAUGCUUGAAUAUGAACCAUCCAAGAGAUUUUCAAUACAGCAGAUACGGCAGCACAACUGGUUUCGCAAGAAACAUCCCCAGGCAGAAGCCCUGGUCCCCAUUCCUCCCAGCCCAGAAACUAAGGACAGGUGGCGAAGUAUGACAGUGGUGCCUUAUCUGGAGGAUCUGCAUGGCUAUAAUGAGGAAGAGGACGAUGACCUCUUUGACAUUGAGGACGACAUCAUCUACACUCAGGAUUUCACAGUACCAGGUGACGAGGAGACCCCUGAGACAGGGCUUAGAGUGGAGAGAGCAGAACAGAAGAGUGAACACUCAGGAUUUUCUGGAGAGGAAGUUCAGCCACCAGACAACAUUCUAAUGAGAGAGAAGGCACAGGCUUAGCAUAGUUGCAUAAGCUACUGUGGAAGCCCAAUAGUGGGGGAGAGCAGCUUGUGCCAUGUGGUCAGCCUGGGGUUCAAGUGUCACCAAACGAGCAGAGAGUCUGAGGGUGGAGAAGGGUCUUCUGUUCUGUUGACCCCCACCUGCCCACCUACAUAAGGGUUUUUUCCCAUAGUGAUACCACUUUUUCUUUUCAAAUUUUGUUGGAUAUCUUUUUUUGUUUUUGUUUUAAAUAGACUCGAGUAAGCAUGCUGGCCAAGUUUGACAAGAUGCCAAGAGCUUUCUCAAACAGUAUUUCAAGCAAUAAGUUAAAAGACUUACAGUUUUUUUUCUUUUCUUACCACCCUUAGUCUCUUUAAGAUAUAUUCAUAGUUGCUAUAGUCUGAAGAAAGUAUUAUUUUUGUUGACAGUCAGUGUUUCAAGUAUUUGAGGAAUGGACUAGAAACAGCAAUUCCCUGUAAUGCCAGGGAAGGGGGCAAUGAGGGCUUCAUUUUGGGGUGAUUGGAUUAAGUUCUUUUUUGUGAGGUUCCCCUUGCCUGAGUGGCACUGUUCUAGCCAGAGCCAAAUGUCCUAAAACUGGCUGAUUCCUCACAAGGCUGGCAUCCACUUUGGCUUCUUUUCACCUGCCCACUUACCAUGGGCCCCUGUGAUAGGGGCUAUCUACCAUGUCAUCAUACUUUCCAGGCCCCAGGAAAGUCUUCCUCUACUUUAAUGUUAAGAAUUAAUGGGGUAUUGUUUUUUUUUUUUUUUUUCUGUAAUGGUGUUCCUUCAAUAUUAUAAAAAGGUAUAGACCACUCUGUGUGUGGAGAUGAAUGACUCCAAGAGAUUUCAAGACUCCAGAGAUUAAGCUCAUAAACUUGGCAGGUACCAUAUGCCUCCUUGGAGUUUAAAUUACGACUAAGCCCUUAAGAAGCAGACACAAUGAGGACCACGCCCCUGGCCUCAACCAGCGUUCUUGGUAUUUCUUCACACUCUUAAUAGUCUUUUAGGUUGAUGGCCCCUUUCUCCACUCCUGUAAUUGCUGUGACCCCAGACUCUGGACGGACUGCUAUUUCCUCAUCUACAGGCCUUAGCUCACUUGGUUCUGGGAUGACAUUUUUCACAAAAGAUCUUACAAGUAACCCAAGUUUGAGUCCUGUCUGGGCUGCUCACUAGCUCUGAAGCCUGGGUCCAGUCCCUUCCUUGUUCUGAGCCUACCUAUGCCGUUUUCCUUUUUCAUUCUUAAUGCUGUAAUUGAAUAAUAAACUGGAGGAAAAUAGGUAAAAUACAACUUAAAAGCAUAGAAAUCUUAAAAUACUGUCAAUUCUGCUGGAACAUGUGUUUCAAAAAUGUGAUUCUGUUCCAACAUAAUUGGUAUAUUAAGGAACAGUUUGAGCAUCUCACGAAUUUCAAGUUUGUUUCUGCAUGAUUUCUUCUUCAGUAAAUAGUGGGGGAAAAAAACAGAAAAUGGCACCUCUUCACAAUAACCCUCAAACUGCAGUUGUUCUCCACUUUCCACAAUUGAAUUUCAGUUCUUUAUCAAGGUAUAAAGUGCCAUCUUGCAUGUUUCUUGGUGCCCUCGGAAUGUAUGGGUGCAGAGAGAGGGCUGGUCUACACUAGCUAUUCCCCCUUUUACCAUAGAGGCACAUCAUAGCUCAAGGCUGCAAACUGGACUACUGUCUAUUAUAGUAUUUAUGUGUUUCUUACCCACUUUACAUGUAUAAAACUGUACUGUUAAGUUUUUAUUAGGUUCCCAUCUUUUUAAAAAUAUCAUUGAUGAAGCUUUUGAGCAUUUUGCCCUAAUCCCAUUUCCUCCAUAAGUUCUGUGGUUUUAUUAUUGGUUUUGCAUAGUACAGUGUGGUGACAGAACUGACUGUAUCUUUGCAAGCUAGUAGCAGAUGGCCAAUGUCAUUUCUUGGUCUAACUUGGGCCCUGCCCCCUUUCCAUGCAAAUAUCAUUUAGCCUUAGCAUUUCUCUUUUUCCAUUUCACCAAAUUUAUUUUUUAAGUUGUUUAGUCAGUUUCUGUGCUUCCUUUUCCAAGGUGGCUUUUUCCUCAAACUUUUAUAACUCCUGCAUAGCUCUCAUUUCUUUUCCCUGUUUUACUUCUCUCUCUCUUUUAAGAUCCUUUUUGAAUUCUUCUAAGAGAUCCUUUUGCAUUGGAGACCAGUCCAUAAACCCUUUUGAGGCUUCAUCUGAUGGCAUUUUGCCUCUUCUGGUUUUGCGUUCUGAUCUUCUCUGUCUCCAUAAGAGCUUUCUAUAGUCAGAGAUUUUUUUGUUUUUUGCUCAUUUUUAAAAGUUGAACUCUGCUCUUAAGGCACAGGAAAGAUUGUUCCAAACUUCUUUUACAGGGAAACAGGGGCCUCUUUCGCUGACUGUACUGGGGCAUAGAGAGAAGCAAGCAGUAGGGCUAUAGACUAUAGGAAGGUAUAAUCCUUUCUCAAGAAGUUGACAUCUCCAGGAAAGGAGAUUGCACUUAAAAUUUCCUCAACCUUUUUUCUUUGCUUGUCUCCCUCAAGAGGAAGUUUUCUUCUCACAUUAUUUUUCUCCCCUUUCCAUUUUUGAAAAAGAAGACUGGGGGACAAGGGAAUUGACUAAAAAAGCAAAACAAAUUUCACAGGAAGGAAUGACAGGCAUAUAGGAAAUGAAAGGGAUGUUUAGAAUCCAUAAAUAGAAUUUUCAUGCUACCUCUUAACCCUUUACCACAAAGACAAGAGGAGAAAGAAAUUGAGGCAGUUUUAGCUUUCAUGCUCUCCUGUAAAGCUGAUAAAAAACCAAGAGACACUAUGUUAUAAGGGAAAGAUUUGGAGUCAGAACUUGGGUUCAAAUCUCAGGUCUACUUAUUAUCCAUGGAGGGCUUGAACCAAGUCUUCUUUUAUCUCUCUGAGUCUCAUUUCUCCAAUAUACAAAAUGAAAAGAUUAGAUAUUUCAGUUCUAAAUCCUGUAAUCUCUUAAAAUUAGAGUAAAACUAUCUUCCCUGUACUUGUUCUUUCCCCUGCUGAACCCUUUCUGAGUUGUGGGAGGGUAGGAAAGGAGUGAAGCAAAACCUAAAUUCUUUAGUCUGUAUGUUAGUCCUUCCUCUGCCCACCAGUUUUUGCUGCUACAAUCAAAAUCCCUCAAAGACAACCCAAUUGAGGCAUCAAGUUUGUAAGUCUACAAAUAUCUUGAAAGCAUUUGUAUGUCUGAUACUGUUGCUAAGUGCUGGGGACACAAAGAAGAGCAAAAAUACAAUUGCUGCCUUCAGGGAGCUCAUGUUCUGAUGAAGAAGACAGUUUGUAAAGAGCUGAAUUCUUCCAGGCUUCAUGUGGAUAAAUCACUUUUUCUCCCUGGCUUUAAUAUGAGGUACAAAGAUGAUCUCAAUGACCUUUUGCCAGAUCUAAUUCCUGUGAUCCCAUGCAGUCCUGCUGCUUUCCCUCAAAGUUGUUUUGCUUGGUUUUCCCAAGUUUCAGUGGUUGCCAGACUAGUCAUUUAGUGAGUACUCAUCAGCCUAUACAUCAUCCACCCUCCUCUUCCCACACUGCUCCUCCCCCUCAGCUUCUUAAUCCUCCCAAAAAAACCCCUCCAAAUGCCAGUUACUCUAUAAUGAGAUUUAGUAUGGAAACUAUCUGGUUAAUUGGAGCCUCCUACUUUGGCUUCUUUGGGUCUUGGCUUUCUAGGGUUAGGAACUCAAUUUUGUCUGUUUAUGCGGUUAAAAAAAAAAAAAAACAAAAAACCCACCAUCCAGGAAAUCAUCCUAAGCCAGUUGGAAAGACUGAUUUGUAAAGCAUUACACCUCUUUGCUGACUCAGGAAAUGAACCUGGUUAGAAUCUCCCCAGAGAUGAUGUUUAUGAGCUACUCCUAGAUAGAUGUCAGCCUGGGCAACCAAAUAGCUGAUCCAAGACCACAAAA